AUGGUUGCAUGCUCCUUUAAUAUGAUGUUUACUUAUGUCUACGCUGGAUGGGAAGGAACAACCAAUGACUCUCGAGUGCUUCUUGAUGCAAUUAGAAAAGACGAUAACUUUCCCAUGCCACCACCAGGUAAAUACUAUGUUGUUGAUUCUGGCUAUCCAAAUAUGCCUGGGUUUCUAGCACCAUAUCGUGGUGAGCGUUAUCACUUGCGUCCCUUUAGAGGAAGAGGGAACCAUCCUAGAGGUGCGAUGGAGUUAUUCAAUUAUAGGCACUCAUCAUUGCGCAAUGUGAUUGAACGUUGUUUUGGACUUCUUAAAGCCAGGUUUCCCAUUUUGAAGUCAAUGCCUCCAUACUUGCUUGGAAAGCAACUUGAUGCUACACCUGUUGAAGAUAUUGAAGGAACUGAAAGCCAAUCUAAUACAACAAUAGAAAACCAACAAGAAGGAGAUGAAGCAGGAAUUUCUGAGGCACCACAGAUUAAUUUCAGUCAAGCUUAUAUGGCUAAGAUGGAAAAUAUUAGAGAUGACAUUGCUGGACAAAUGUGGCUUAGUUAUAACAAUAAUGUUUAG